AUGGCCGACAAGCUGAGCGAGGAGAAGGUGGCCGAGCUGAAGGAGGCCUUCUCACUCUUUGACAAGGAUGGGGAUGGCCGCAUCAGCGUGCAAGAACUAGGAGCGGUCAUGCGCUCCCUGGGCCGGGAGCCUUCGGAGGCUGAGCUGCAGGGCCUGGUGAGGCAGCUGGACCGGGACGGCAGCGGCUGUGUGGACUUUCCCGAGUUCCUGGCUGUCAUGGCCCGGGGCUGCAGUGCCCGAGGCCUCAGCAGUGAGGAAGAGAUCCGGGAGGCCUUCCGCAUCUUCGACAGGGAUGGCAGCGGCAAGGUGAGCACCGAGGAGCUUCGAAAUGUCCUCUCGAGGCUCGGGGAGAAGCUGAGUGACCAGGAGGUGGAAGAGAUGAUCCGGGAGGCUGACAAGAACGGCGACGGGCAGGUGGACUACGAUGAGUUCGUGCGCAUGCUGGCCUCCCAGUGA